GACACGGGGACAGCCGGACACACGGACACGGGGGAGGGACUCACGGACACGGCCCGCCGCCAUGGAGCACGGUCAGCAGCAGCAGCAGCAGGAGAAAGAGGAAGAGCAGGCUCAGGAGCCUUGGUUCUGGCUGACAGCAGAACUGGCCAGCAGCUGCUCCUGGGACACCAAGCUGGGCCAGAGCUGUGCCAGGAGGGACCUGUCGGAGCUGCCCACGCUGGAGGAAGGGCUGCUGCCCUCAGCAGAAGCUUCUGGAGCUGCAGUUCCUGCCUCACCCCUGGAUGUCCAGGAGAGCAGAUUCUCCCCCUGCCUGCCCCUGCUGCUGAGCCCAGCCCGGGGUGAGACGUUCCUGCAGGGAUCCCAGAUGGAUUUCCUUCCCCUCAGAGGAGUCCCAGAUGUUUCUGGAGCAUCCCUGGAGCGUUCAGAGCCUGCCCACGUCCAUGGCACUGCAUCCCUGAGGGGCCCAGCCCUUCCCAGCCCACCCCAGCACUCCCAGCCCGUGGCACAGGAGGAUCCUGGAGCUGCUCCCCAGCCUGGGCAGCCCCUGGGCAGCCAGGGGGACAAUGGGGACAGUGGGGACAAUGAGCAGGAGGCAACAAUCCCCCGAGGCAGGGGGGAUCCAGCACAGCCAGCUCCAGAGCAGGGGCUGGGAAAGGGGCUGGGGCAGCCCCGGGGCACAGCUGGGAGGGAUAGACACUGCUCUGGUCACUCCUCCCAGGACAGUGAUGGCCCAGCUGCUGCCCCUGAACUCUCAGAGGGGAACAAGGAGUCCCCGGGGCAGGAGGAAUCUUCCUCCUCCUCCUCCUCAGGAAACUCUUCCUACAGAACUGCCCUGACCAAAUUCUCAGAGAAAAGCGAGAGGGGCGUGCAGCAGGUGAAGGUGGCUGGCAGUGGGGCAGGAGCCCUGGAGAAGCUGGAGAAGGGAAGGAAGAUGCCUGGGCUUGGUUUGUCCCGUAACUUCUCUGAUGGCCUGAGGAAAAGCCAUGCCAAGAACUCGGCUGCCGAAGAUGUUCUUUGUGCAGCAGCCUCUGGGGCAGGCAGAGGAGGGCUGCAGGAGCCUGGGGUGCAGCCCAGGGGCUCUGGGGGGCUCAGGGGUUCCCAGGAGCUGGGGCUGGGCUCCAUGGCUGCUCCUGAGGGGCUGCAGGCAGCUCUCUGGGGCCAGCAGCAGCCAGCAGGGAGGCUGGGGACAGAGGGGCUGCUCCCUGCUGGGACACCCAGCCUGACCCAGCCCCAGGACGCUGCCCCCUGCCCUGGGCACUCCCCAGAGCCUGCAGGGAGCAGGGAUGAGCUGACUGCCUCUGACUGCUCCAUACAGAGGGGACACAAAGCCACAGAGAUCUCCCCUUCCUUCAGCCUGGGGGCUGAGGGCUCCUUCUCCCUGCUCCUGCCUCAUCCCAACUUCCAGUCCACGCCAGGGGUGUUCCUCAAGAGAGCUGGGAAGGCAGAAGGACCUGGUGAAGGCCUGGUGAUGCUCUCAGACCUUCAGGCCUCUCCUUGGUGUCCCAGUGAAGAAGCCCCAGGGAUGUUCCCUGUCCCUGGGGAGGAGCAGCCCCCUCCCCAGAGUGCUGUGGCAGAGACCUGUGGGCGUUUGGAGUCCCUGAAGCUGGAAUCUCCCUGCCCUGGCAGGAUGCAGUCCUUCCCCUCACUGAGCUUCCUGGAGAAGGUGGGAGCCUGGCACCUGCAGGGUCCUGCUGCCACCUGUGUGCCAAGUGCAUCUCCUCCUGCAAGGAAAGCCUCCAGUGCACCUCCCAGGCAUUCAGGCUGUGUUUCAGCAGUGCAGGAAAGCCUGGGGAACCCCAAGGGCAGUGCUGCUCGUGCCUACAGGGGCACAGGUUCCCUGGGAAAUGUGCAUUUCCCCCAGACUGAGCUGCUGCCUGCCCUCCCUCUGAGCAGGUCCCAGUCUGACAGCACCAUGAACAUCUCCAGCAGGAGCACAGCCCUGCCUGCCCUGAGCCCUGCAGCACAGGGGGAGCAGAGUGCUGCUCUGGGGUGCUCUGACAGCCCCACCCCACAGAAGGGGCUGCCUGGAUCCCCUGCUGAAGAUGGGCACAGCACCACCAGGCGAAGCUCAGCUCCAGAUUUGUUCGUGCCCAGUGCUGCUCAGCUCCCUCAAAAGGAUGGGAGCUCCCCAGCUGAGGAGCACCAGGACUGUGAGGAGAAGGGAAAUCAGUCCCCCAACCUCAGUAUCCCCACUGGUCACAUCAUGGACAGCUUUGGAGUCAUUCCCUUGGAGAGUCUGACUUUUCCUGUUGGUCCUGAGGAGCCUCAGGGGGCCCUGGUGGUGCCCAGGCCCUGCCCCACUGCAGGAGGGAGCAGCCCCAUCCCCUCUGGAGCAGCCCUGGAGACUCCCAAGAAGGAAGAGCUGAAUAUUGAAGAAAGAAUCCCGGUAAGUUUGGCUCUAAUUCAAACUCUGCUUCCAGAGUUAUCCAUUUUUUCCCCCCAGGAGAGGAUCUAA